UUAUGAUUUAAAUUGUCAUGCAAAAAGUAAUUAUACCAUUUAUUAUUGCAGCAAAAAAUUACGUGUAAAUAUAAAUGUGCCUCUGAAAACAGAAGUGAAAAUGGAACAGGAGACAGCACACAAACAUAUAGAAGAAGACAAAAAGCUUCUUAUACAGGCUGCUAUAGUACGUAUAAUGAAGAUGAGGAAAGUGUUGAAGCAUCAACAGCUGUUAGCCGAGGUCCUGAAUCAGCUCUCCUCCCGAUUCAAACCCAGAGUACCUAUAAUUAAGAAAUGCAUAGACAUACUGAUUGAGAAGGAAUAUUUGGAGCGAGUGGAAGGACAGAAGGACACCUACAGUUACCUGGCCUGAGUAUCACUGGCUUCUAUUUUAAUGUACAAUAUAAUAACAAAACAGGAGUUACCGCCCCUAGGUGAUGUAAUCACCACAUGUUUAUCAGCUGAUUGACACCCCAGCUGUGUGCCACGCCCACCUGGAACUCCCAGUUUUGUGUUGGAUGUUCGUUAUGAGAUCAUCACUGCUUUAUCUGACCCUCCCUGUGUCAUUAAUACAGAGGGAGGAAUAUCAUUUGAUUUCUGACAUCAGAGGGGACCUAGGUUCCUCGGUGAGCAAUUGUACAAAGAAAUACUAUUUAUUGACUUCACGCUGUACUUUUUUACUUUCUGAAGAACAGAUGAUUUCUGUAGACUUUGGUGCCGUCAGUUCUGACUCCCAGGAAUUUGUUCUGGGGGAGAUAAAAAUAGAUAAAGUGCUUGCCACAGAAACUUCAAAGACUGAAUCUGUGCAUUAUUGAUUCUGUGCAUUAAGUUUGUAUAUUGUUGGACAUACAGAUUUGACAUAAUUUCUUUUUGUUAAUCUAAUUUUUAUUUUAAUCAUAGUUAACAUAGCAUAUUGUUUUUAAGCCAUGUUUGAAAAGUGAGAAUUUAUAAUGUGCAUUGCCUUGUGAUAAUAUGUAUAGAUCACUGUGUUAUAUUUGUAUGUGUGAAGCCAGGGAAGAAACGCACAUGUAACAACUUAAUUAUUUUAAAAGUACACAAUUCUACCCAUGGAGAAACUAGCCCUU